AUGCCCGUCGUUAAAGAUAAUGAAUUAAUACCAUCAGUAUCAAAAGUCUUGAAAGAUUCAAGAUUAAUUGGUGCUAUUGAUAUUGGUACAACUUCAACAAGAUGUAUUCUUUUCAAUUCAAGAGGUGAAAUUGUAGCUAUGCAUCAAAUUGCAUAUCCAUCAAGUACAAAUCAAUCUGAAACUUUAUCCAAAAUUAAAAUUGAUCCAACUUUAAUUUAUCCAAAACCUAGUUGGGUUGAAAUGAAUCCAAAUAAUUUAAUUUUAUAUGUCAUUAUUUGUAUUGCUGAAUGUCAAAAACAAUUGAAUAAAAUUAAUGAUCAAAGAAGAAAAAUUGGUCAAUUAGAACUUUAUAUUGCAACUAUUGGUAUUGCAAAUAUGAGAGAAACUGUUAUUUUAUGGGAUCAAAGAAAUGGUAAAGCUGUUUAUAAUGGUAUUGUUUGGAGUGAUGGUAGAACUUCAGAAAUGAUUGAAGAAUUGAAAAAAAAAACACCAAAAUCAAAAUUGAAAAAACUUAGAUCAAAAUGUGGAUUAGAUUUAUCAAGUUAUUUUUCUGCUUCAAAAAUUAAAUGGUUAUUAGAAAAUGAUUCAAAAGUUCAAGAUGUUUAUGAUUCAGGUGAUUUAAUGUUUGGUACUGUUGAUUCUUGGUUAGUUUAUCAUUUGACAAAGAAUAAUCAACAUAAAACUGAUGUUUCAAAUGCUUCAAGAACAUUAUUUAUGGAUUUAAAUAAAUGUCAAUAUGAUGAAGAAUUAAUUGAAUUUUGGGGUAUAGAUUCCAAGAAAUUAAAAUUCCCAGAAAUUUGUUCAUCAUCAGAAUUAUUUGGUCAUUUCCAAAUUCCAAAUUUAAAUUCUUUAAAAUCUUCAUCAAUUAAAAUUUCAAAUGAAGAUUUAAAUGCAUUGAAAAUUAUUCAAGAUUCAAAUGUUCCAAUCAAUGGUGUCUUGGGUGAUCAAUCUUCAUCAUUAGUUGGUCAAUUAUGUUUGAAAAAAGGUGAUGCUAAAUGUACUUAUGGAACUGGUGGAUUUUUAAUGUUAAACACUGGUUCCAAACCAUUAAUUACAAAGAAAGGUGUUCUUCCAACUGUUGGAUUUUGGCUUAAAAAUAUUAAUAAUAAAGAAGAUUCAACUCCAUUUUAUGCAUUAGAAGGUGCAAUUUCAUCAGCAGGUUCUUCUAUUGAAUGGAUUAAAAACACUUUUAAUAUAAUUCCAACUGCUAAAGAUAUUGGUGCAUUAGCUGCAACUGUUAAAGAUUCUGGUGGUACAUCUUUUGUUUCUGGAUUUACAGGAUUAUUAUCACCUCAUUGGGAUCCAGAUGCUCGUGGUUCACUUCAAGGAUUAAGUAAUUACACCAAACCUGGACAUAUUGCAAGAUCUUCAUUAGAAGGUAUUUCUUUUCAAGUUCAUGAUAUUUUAAAAGUUAUGGCCAUAGUUAAUGGUGCACAUAAAAGCUUCAUGAAUGAUGAAGAUGAAAACUAUGAAGAUUCUGUUAAGCAAGAUGAUUCAAAUGCUAUUUCAAUGUUGGCUAUUGAUGGUGGUGUUUCUAAAUCUGAAGAAUUUGUUCAAAUUCAAUCUGAUAUUUUUGGACCAUGGGUUAAACUUUGUAAACCUCCAGUUAGUGAAGCAACAGCAUUAGGGGUCGCAAUUGCAGCUGGAUUUGGAUUUGAAAAUGAUGAAGAAAAAAUUUGGAAAUCAUUUGAUGAAGUUACUGAAUGUUUAAAUUUUAAAAAUAAUUUAAAAAUUUAUGAAUCAAAAUCUACAAGAGAGGAAAGAAUUGCAAAUUUUAAAAAUUGGAAACAAGCUAUUUAUAAUACACUUUGUCCUGAAAGUAAAUUGAAAAUUUUGACAAAAGAACAAUUGAUUGAAAUGGCUAAAAAAUGUAUGAAGUUGGUCAAAGAAAAAGAAGCUGAAGAAAAAGAAGAUCAAGAAGAAUCAUCUGAUUCAGAAGAAGCUGAUGAAUCUAAUGAAGAAAAAACCUUAAUAGACAACGAUUCCGACUCGAUAGAGUUGAUAGAGGAGGACUUUCUAAUAAGAAUUAAACUUGAUUAA